AUGGCAAUGGUAUCCAUUGCGAAGCUCUCCUCUCUUGCGCUGGCGCUGUUCGGGCUGUCCCGUGCCCAGGAGCAAAUUCCAUUCAGCCCCAGCAAUCCUCCCUCUAUCGCUUCCAUCCCCUUACUGGGCUUCGGAACAUGGAACCUCGACAAAUCCAAUGCCUCAGAGGCAGUCUCUAUUGCACUUCAGACUGGAUACAGACAUUUGGACUGUGCAGCAAUUUACGGCAACGAGAAAGAGGUGGGCAAUGGUAUCAAAGAUGGAUUGGAAACGAUGGGGCUGGAUCGAUCCAGUGUCUGGAUUACAUCCAAGUUGUGGAAUGAUCACCACCAGACUGAUCAGGUUGAGCAAGGCCUCGACAAUACGCUGAGCGACUUGGGCCUGGAAUAUCUCGACCUCUACCUAAUGCACUGGCCUGUGGCGUCUUCUGACGGAAAGAACUACAUUGACUACGUUGACACCUGGAUGGCCAUGGAAAAGCUUCUUGACACCCGCAAAGUCCGACACAUCGGAGUCUCCAACUUCUCUCCCCACCAACUGCACCAGCUCCUCGAACAAACGACCAUUAAGCCCGCCGUCCACCAAUUCGAGCUCCAUCCGUAUCUCCAGCAAGUUGACUUCGUACAAUGGCACAAAGAUAACGGCAUCGACGUCACCGCCUACUCCCCCCUCGCAAACUUAAACCCUAUAUACGGCUCACCCGGUGAAAGCAAGGAUACGCCGCCAUCGCUGCUGGUGAAUGAGGACAUCACGGAGAUUGCCAAAGAGCGUGGAUGUACAAAUGCACAGGUGGCUUUGGCUUGGGGCAUGGACAGGGGCUGUAGUGUCAUACCCAAGAGCCAGCAUGCGGACAGAAUCAAGGAAAACUUUGGGUCGGCGAAGUGCAAGCUGGAAGAGGAGGAUUAUACUACGAUUGAGAGGCUAGGGAAGAAGUACCAGAAGAGGUUCAACAAUCCCAGUGGUGGAUGGGGCGUGCCUCUUUAUCAGGGUCUGGAGGAUGCUUGA